AUGGCCAACAACCCCAAGAUCGUCAUCAUUGGAGCUGGAAUCGUUGGAACAAACCUGGCCGACGAAUUAGCUCAGCGAGGAUGGAACAACAUCACGGUCGUCGAACAAGGUCCUCUGAAUAUGCCUGGAGGAUCGACCUCGCACGCUCCAGGAUUAGUGUUCCAGACGAAUUCGAGCAGGACCAUGACGCAACUUGCGAGAUACACCAUGACCAAACUGCUCAGCAUGGAUUGCUUCAAUCAAGUCGGUGGGCUGGAAGCUGCGACCACUCCUGAGCGGGUAGAAGAGCUCAAGAGGAAGCAAGGGUGGGCAUCUUCUUGGGGGAUUGAGGCGAAAUUGAUCAGCGCAGAGGAUUGUCUGAAAUUAUACCCGCUUCUGAACAGAGAGAAAGUCCUAGCAGGGCUGCACAUUCCAAGCGACGGGCUGGCCUUGGCUGCCAAAGCUGUGCAAGAUCUGAUCGCGAAGACCAGAAAUGCUGGGGUCAAAUAUCUUGGCAAUACGGCCGUGUUGGGCAUUGACCAGGCAGAUGGACAUGUCACUGGAGUCAAGACGACCCGCGGCACAUUGUCUGCAGAAAUUGUUGUCUCCUGCGCGGGAUUCUGGGGGGUUGAAGUCGGUGCUAUGGUAGGACUGCCGGUCCCCCUCCUGCCACUGGCUCAUCAAUACGCAAAGACAACAAAAGUGCCUGCUCUAGCCGGACGGGCAAGACCAGCAAAUGGAGCCGAGUUGCCCAUCCUAAGACAUCAGGAUCAUGAUCUAUACUAUCGCGAGCAUGGCGAACAGUACGGCAUCGGAUACUACGGACACCGGCCCAUGCCCGUCGUAGCGGCGUCUCUGGGAGCCACACCAGAGAAAGUCGACGAGAAGAACAUGCCGUCCAGGAUGACCUUCACUGCGGAGGACUUCGAGCCGGCGUGGCAGGAAACGCAAAGCCUCAUACCAGCGCUGCGAGAGACCAGGAUCGCAGACGGAUUCAACGGUAUAUUCUCCUUCACCCCCGACGGUGGCCCCAUCGUUGGUCAGUCGCCGACCGUGGACGGGUUUUGGGUCGCAGAGGCUGUCUGGGUAACGCACUCUGCUGGUGUAGCUCGAGCUGUGGCCCAAGUCCUGACCACCGGACACUCUGACGUCGAUUUGACCGAGUGCGAUAUCUCCCGGUUCGAAGAAGUCCAGCUUGCACCAGAGUAUGUCAGCGAGACAUCUCAGCAGAACUUUGUCGAGAUAUACGACAUUCUGCAUCCGUUACAGCCGCGCGAGUCACCACGCAGUCUCAGAGUCAGUCCAUUCUAUGCUCGACAACGCGACUUGGGAGCUUUCUUCCUUGAAGCGGGUGCUUGGGAGCGGCCGCACUGGUAUGAGGCGAAUGCCGCACUCGUCCAAUCUCUACCGUCCCACAGGCAGCCUGUUGAGCGGGAUGGCUGGUCCGCACAGUGAGUUAUACCCGUGUCGAGAUCGCGUCGAAUCCAGAACUGAUGUGCCAUAGAUUCCAUUCUCCAAUCGUAGCCGCAGAAGCGUGGAGGACCAGGACAGCAGCAGCCCUGUAUGAUCUGACUCCAUUACGUCGUCUAGAAGUGUCAGGACCUGGGUCCGUCGAUCUGCUGCAGAGACUAUGCACCAAGGACAUAUCUGGCAAACCGGGAACAAUCACCUACACGCUCCUUCUGAACAACAAUGGAGGUAUCCAGAGCGAUAUGAUCGUUGCAAGAUUGGAGAACCAUCUCUUCCAUGUUCGCGUGAAUAGCAAUAUCGACGUUGUGAACCUUGCACGAGAGGCUCGAAGGCAGCAAAAACGCAACCCAAGCAGCUGGAUACAGGUACACGAUAUCACUGGCGGGACUUGUUGCCUCGCACUCUAUGGUCCUCGCUCAGGCGACGUGAUGAAGGAAGUCAGUACAGACGACUUUUCCGACGAAGGGCUGCGACAUUUCCAUGUCAAGAGGGCCAGGAUUGCUGGAGUUCCGGCCACUGCUAUGAGGAUGUCCUAUGUCGGCGAAUUGGGGUGGGAAAUCUACACGGACGCCGAGAAUGGUCAGAGGCUCUGGGAUGUUCUCUGGCGAGCCGGACAGCGUCAUGGGCUCAUUGCCGCCGGGCGUGCGGCAUUGAAUGCCUUGCGUAUUGAGAACGGGCACCGAGACUGGGGAAGUGACAUGCACUCCGAACACGAUCCCUACGAGGCCGGCAUGGAAUUUGCCGUUGAUAGGAACAAGCGGGGGUUCGUUGGACAGGCCGCACUGCAAAAGCGAUCUCAAAGACCAACGUCUAAGCGGCUCCGUACAAUUACUAUUGACGAUGGUCGGUCAAUGGUGCUUGGCAAGGAGCCAGUGUUCUACGAGGAUAAGGUGGUUGGGUACAUCACGAGUGCUGCCUUUGGCUUCACGGUGGGAAAGCCCGUUGCAUUUGCACAUCUGCCCGUUGCAAUGACCGAGGGAAGUGGAGUUGAGGUUGAGUAUUUUGGACGGAGGAUCAAGGCUACAGUUGCGGCCGAGCCACUAUUGCAGUACGCGCAAAGGUCUGCUGGCAGUGCUAACGCUCACGAGCAAAUUGUUGACGUGAGGCCUAGACUGUAA